GUUCUUGCUACUCUCGCCUAUUCUCUCAUUCUCUUUCUGAUUUCUCUUCCAAAUUACUCACUUGACACUUCCCAGUCUCGAUCAUUCCUCAUAAUCUGCGCCCCCGGCAACCUCCCCGCCGGCGAAGGGAGUCAAGCCAGACCUCCUUCCGCUAAAGUCUUUUCGCAGGCGUGGAGUGGAGAAGAAGGGGACCCCGGAGAAGAAAACCAUCCCCGACUCUUUUUUUUUUGCGGAAAAAACCAUCCCCGACUUGGAUGCAUGUCUUCUUUAAUUGCGCGGAGAAUCGAGUUUCAGUUGACCCAACAGUUAAUUUAGCGAGAAUUUUUGGGGGAUUCAAUUGAACCUUCAUGCCCGCUCUGAGACCGCCCCUAGAACUCAAGAUUCAAGAACCAUUCCCCACCAAUGGAUGAUGCGGGAGGGGACAUUCUCGCGUCUCUCGGCCGCGUGCGCCUCGGUGAUCUCGCGGCCGUCGAGGGCCUCGCUUCUGACAGCUACAAGAUUUGCGUAUCGACACUGAUGCAGUCGCUGGCUCAGUACUCGGCGGCCAUCAUCCAGCUGCCUCCGGCCGACGCUGCCCUGUUAAGGUCUGGCCUGGACUCCGCUCGCCUCUUCUUCCACCAGCGAGGGUAUGGUUCGGGCGAGGUUGUCCACUCGGAGGAUGACGCCCGCGAGUGGUGCAAGACUUCUGGUUACUAUGCAGAUCCCCAAAUGUGGCUGGAAAUGUAUGAUUACAGGCCUGGUAUUACUGCAAGGGAGCACAGUGGUGCGAUGGAAUUGACCCCCUCUGGCCUGCCCGACAUAUUUUCGGUGCUUGGAAAAGUUUGCAGGGAUAUUCUUGAUGCGAUUAGCUUCUCACUGAAUCUCCGUACUUGUGUGUUCACUGAGAUACUUGACAACAUGCCAUUGAGGGGCCAGGAAGUGUCCUCCUCUGUUCUUUCAGCAUGUUGCCAUUCAAGGCCGUCAUUUGAAGGAGCACAGCAGCAUCGUGUUGCUUCUCCUAAUGAUAGUCAAUUGCUCAUGUUCUCUGAGCAGGAGGAACAGAUUGAUAAGACUUUGCUUACCCUAGUUAAGUCUGAUAGGUCCGGAUUGUAUGUCAAGGACUUGCAUGCACGCUGGAUUCUUGUUGACGGGGACCUUGGUCCACAUGAUAUUGUCGUCUAUCCUGGUCUUGCUCUUUAUCAGGAAACAGCUGGCUAUGUAAAUCCAGCUGUGCACAAGACGGAGGUUGGAAACUUGCAAGGAUGUAGGUUUGGGCGUUGUUCCUUGGCUUUUAAGCUCACGCCGAGAUCAGUUGCUAGGCUGAGUGAUUCAGAAAUGGGAGCUGCUGGUCAUGGUGUUGAUACUCAAUUUCAGGUCCCCAUACCGGUUACUGAUUUCAUGCAGACACACCAUUCUGCUGAUCAACUUUUCCCCAAGAACAAUGAAUUGUCAUCCCGGGCAGAACAAGAUGCAUCGUCUAACUCCACGACAAAGAAAAAGAAGGGAAGUACAAGAACAAAUUCACUCCCUCCUUCGAAAAGACUUCGCCUAGAGGCGCAGAGAGUGCUCAAGGAGCGUGUCCAGGAUAUUGCAGACGGGAGAGGUAUCAAACUGAGAUUUUGCAAUCUCAAAGAAUGUGAAAGUCAUAUACGAUCAUUGCACAGUCCCUGCGAGAACAUCAGAACCGAAAUUGGGUGGCCGCAAGGGGUUCCAUUUGUCCAUCCCCAUGACCUUCCAAACAAGGCAAAGCUCAGGUUUCUGGAAACUUAUGAACCAGGAUGGACUGCUUCCCAGCAGGACGAUUUUUCUUCUGCAGGAGCCAGUCUCUGUAAAUGUGGAUAUGUUUUGACUUCAAAGGUUGGCCAGUAGUCUGAUGAUUUCACCUCAUGUUUGAGGAGGUAGGAAUAUGUACUGACACCCGGAUGCCAGAAACAUAUACUCAUAAUGUUCAGCGUGUGUAAGUAGAACUACCUUGUGACCUAGGAUUGUAGGUGGCGCCUGUCACCCCAGAGGAAGUACUAUGACCCUGCUACAUGGCCCUACUUCAUGGUGCGGUUGAGUUGCAGAUAUGACGCCAAACUUGGAAUUCCUGGGUGCCUAGCCACGUGAACCUCUUCAUUCGUUGGUGAUCUAGGAAACUGGACCGCCUGUCCAGGAGAGGGCUGCCACAUGUCUCAGCUUGCCUUCUUUGGGACGAAUCAAGCGAGACCAUGCAACAACUUCUUGUCAGUUCCCCUUACUCUCUCCAAAUCAGGUGCAAGGUACUGUACUGGAUCCAUUCUACAGGUUUGAUUCAGUCAGCUGACGAUGCUGUCAUGGACUGGUACAUCAGAAGGAUCUCGCCUCUGUGAUGCUUCUCACGGUUGGUGGAUUUGGAACUUGGAAGAACCAGAACUGCUGCAAUUUUAACUGACAUGAUAUCACCUGGAUGUUCAAGACCUGAUGCGUUUGCAUUUAUGGUUGAAGCGAGCUCGUGCGCAAGCCCAUGUGCUGAAGAGCCACGAGCAACCAACCCUCCUGCCAGAGUAGGCAAAGGGUCUCUUGUACUGUAACCAUGGCCUGGUUUUCCCUGGCCACUCGGUGUGUAGUUCGAGUCUUUGUUCUAUGGUUCUUAAAAAGCCUUCGUUCUAUCAAUGAAUUGAAACACAAGACUUUUGCGAUUUCUCGAGAGACGAAAAAGAGUGGUGUUUGUCGUUU